AUGGGUCGUCGCAAGAUCUCGAUCGCGCCCAUCCAGGACGACCGCAACCGGUCCGUCACGUUCCUCAAACGCAAGAACGGUCUCUUCAAGAAGGCGUACGAGCUCGGAGUCUUGUGCAAGGCCGACGUCGCGGUCAUCGUCUUCAAUGGGGCGAACAAGCUUUUCGAGUAGGUUUCAACGAGUCCCCAGCGGUCCGGAGCUACGAAUCAGCCGAGGUGCUGAUGUUCGCUACUUUGUUUUCGUCUUGAAACAGAUUUCAUAGUGGGGAUAUGGAUCAGACACUACUUCGUUAUGCACACGUGAGUAACACUCGAAUUACUGGUCAUCCGCAAACGGACCCUCUUACUCACGCCGUUCUUCCUGCACCAUUGUUUUCUUACGACCGGUAGUACUCCGGCCCCUCUCACGAGAAACGCGGCCCCGAGUAUUAUGGCGCCACAUACCCGGGAGGACUUGUCACCUCCGCAUUGGGAGAUAAGAAUGUUCAUCGCAACGCUGGUGAACGAGGAGCCGAGGAGGACGAAGUUGACGACGAAGAAGAAGAAGGCUCGCUCGUUGAUGAGGAUGAGGAUGAGGACGCUCGAGGAGCGCAAAUGAAGCAGAAUGGACCGGGGGGGAGUAAAAGUAAAGGGAAAGGGAGAGGUGGGAGCGGAGAUGGGAAGAGGCCCAAGGUGGAGAGAGACGACGAUCAGAGAAGUGAUCCGAGGAGUGACAGCUUGGAAGAGGUACGUUCAAGUCUCCAAAACGCGGCACUCGACCAUAUUGCUGUUACUAGGCACUUACGGGUUUGAACUUGCCCGUCUCAUCAGGAACAGGCUUCAUUUUACAAUGAUCGAGGACAUGCAAGUCAGCAACAACAACGCUUCCAAUCGGGACAAGGCCCUCCCUCGCCUCAAUCGCUUGCGGCGUCUGGAAACUGGCCCUUUCAUCUCGGCUUCCCUCAGCCCGUCUUCAACAACCCCUACACCUCGUUCCCCGGUUUCCCGCAAGCACCACCUCCUUCCUUCGCCGGCCAGUCGUACCCUGAUGGACCUCCCAAUUCGAGCGGUGGAUGGAACCCUCAGAUGCCGUCGCAUCCGGGAGGCGGUCCAGGACAGGGGGGCAAUCCUAUGGGCCAGAACCCCUUUUGGGCUAUGCAAAACCUUGUUCAAACGUACGGCGCUUCUCUGAAUGGAGGUAUGCCGGGAGGUGGACCGUCCGGCCCUCUCGGACAUGCCAAUGGCAACAGCAGCAAUGGAGGUCCCGGUGGACCACCCAACGGCUUCUCGGGCGACUUUGCAGCACUGCAAGCCGCAUAUGGGAUGGGGAUGAUGAACAAUCCCGGCGCGGGAGGUCCGAUGCCCCCUUUUUUUGGCGCUAGCCCGGCAAAUGGAGGUGGAUCCUCGUCGGCUUUGCCGAGCUUGGCACUCUCCUCGUUGGGCAACCCGAAUGGUCCUCCUGGCGGUCCUUCGUCGUCCGGAUCGACGUCGUCGGCUCCUUCGCCGCUCUAUCCCGGAUCGGCUCGGCAAGCUCCGUCGGAAGUCUCUCCCGUUCCGAUCCAUCGCUCAGCUUCGGUAACGUCGCUUCGACGUGCUUCACCCGGCCCCGUAUCAACGAGGACAGCGGAGCUCACGCGCGGUCAAAGCUUUGAUGGUGUCUCGCAAGGUCGAGGUCCGCCCAGUCGAAGCAAUUCGUUACCCAAACCCCACCUGAACCUCAACAUACCCCGACCCCCAGGAUCGACGACUUCGACGCCCGGACUCGACAACAAUCCUCGAGGCCGGGGUUUGCUCAUCCACGAAGGACAACCUUUCACUUCGGAGCCCGACAAGAUUGCUCCGAUCCAGGGGUCGCAGUUACUGUCCAGUCUGGGGGGUUCGUCGUCGUCGCACCAGAUGUUGCCUUCACCUUCAACUUUCUUCGCCUCGACCGACUUCAACCCGUCGAACCCGCUGGACGGGUCUUACGAUCGCAAUGAAGACGACGACCGAAGCCGUGACCGAAAAGCCGGUUCGUCGCAUUCCCCGAACGAAGGCGAGGCUCGUGACGACGAUGCACCUCGAGGCCUCAAUUGGUCCGCUGCACCCAAGUUGUCGAAUGAUCGCACGACGUCGACUUCGAAUUCGAGUGAAGGGACGGUAUCCACGACGGGCCAUUCGGCGGCUCCUUCAUCGAAGAGGACCGAAUCCGAGAGUGGGCAUCGUUUGGGUGUCGACAUGGGAGGCGAAGGGAAGAAGAGGGUUCGAGUGAUUUGA